GACGCGAAGUGCCAGCUGUUCAAUGUUUGUUGUUUUCCAAGUUGACUGUUUUAAUUUUUGUUGAUUUCCGUUUUAAUAAACAACAUACCAAAGUAAUGUAUGGUCUUUAGUAUAACCGCCACAGGGAUUAAGUUAAAUUGUGUGUAUCACGAUACGUAGUUCUACGUUACAGAUUAGGAAUUCGUAAAAAGCGCAAGCUGGAGUGAUAUGAUCAGGCAGCAAUAAACACAAUCACCACAAAUUAAGUUAAAGUGUUUAUUAGUGACCUAUAAUCACUUAUAUAAUUAAUAAACAUCUAUAAACGGUAAAAUAUGUCACAAAUAGAAGCAAAGUUGAAAGAGUAUAGAGCACUUAGAAAGCGACAACAGUUUAUAGAUAAUAUCAAACAAAAAUUGGACAACUCUAAAGAUAAGCUCAUUAACUUUUUAGUUCCAAAAUCAGUUGAAAUGGAUAAAAAAGUGGAAGAAGUUAUAUUGUUGGAAAGUGAGGAACAUCCAUUAAAUAAUAGCUCAAAAUCUCUACUUGAAGAUACAGUAGAUUUAACAUCAGAAACUAGUGAAGUUGAAUAUAAUGAAGAAAAUCAAGAAUCAUGGCGGUAUUGUAUGCUAAAAUGGUCAAUAUACGGUGUUAUUUGGUUAACCUUAUAUAUUAUUUUUCUAAAUCUACAGUUUGGUGCAGUAUUUUUUGUUAUAUCAGUACUUAUUGGUAUUUAUGUAAAUACAAGUACAAGACCAAAAAGGAAAGGUGAAAUUUCAGCAUAUAGUGUGUUCAAUAAGAAUUGCAAAAGUAUUGAUGGUACACUAAAAGCAGAACAGUUUGAAAAAGAAAUUAGAUAUGGUGCAGGAACUGUUCGCUCAUUUUAAGCAAAUUGUUUUAUAUUGCUUUAUUACACCUCAACCACACCAUGUAGCCAGGAGUAUAUUUUGUAUUAUUAUGUAUAUAUACACACUAGCAGCUUAAUAAGCUGAUAUGAGUGUAUUUGCAGAAGCCAUCUAACAUGUUUUAAAAGAGAUUGAAAAUGAAUAGGCCUGAAAGAAAACACUUUUUAACUGGAUUAAUUAUGUAAAGUAAUUAUAAGUUUACAAAAAUACAUAGCUUCAAUCCGGUUAAAAAGUGUUUUCUUUCAAUGUGUGAAAGCUAUGUCAACAAAAGACAAUACUAUGAAUAGGCCUAUUCACUGGUACCAAAUUUUGCAGUUGUUAUCAACCAUCUCUGUGAUAUGUGACUAUAUCGCGAUCACAUUGCAAACACUUUGUCAGUAUCAACAUUUAGUCGGUAAAACAAUGCAACUACAAAAACAACUGCAGCAACACUAUCCACAUGUAACCACUCCUUGGCAGAAUUUUGUCGUUACGACGUGAUGUGGUUGUGGUAUGUGUAAAGAAGGCCUUAAAUGUUGUUAUUACAAAUUAAUAUAAAUAAAACUAAUUUAAUCA